GCGAUGCUCCACCGGCGCGCUCAAAGGCCGUCGCGGUGACACGCAGCUCCGUUUUACCGUGGCGACGAUGCAGAGUGCUGCUCGUGUGCUGCAUUCCCAGGGACACAACCCCUACCCAAUUCCUGCAGGUUGCACCUUUAAACAGGUGACCAGUGCUUUACUGGGAGGCUGACACCGUUUUGUUUGUAAGCCUUCUUUCUAAAGCGGAGGACAGCAGGUAGAGGGAGCUGUGCCUGCUGUCAAUAUCUCCUUUGCGCGCUUUUCUAUUCCUCUCUGUCUGUGUUAUUAGUGGUUUUAUCGGCAUUUUUUUUCUCCAUCAUGGCGGAGGACAGCGAGUCUGCAGCCAGCCAGCAGAGUCUGGAACUGGAUGACCAGGAUACCUGCGGAAUAGAUGGGGAUAACGAAGAAGAAAACGAGCACAUGCAAGGAAGUCCUGGAGGAGAUGUUGGAGCCAAAAAGAAAAAGAAAAAGCAGAAGAGAAAGAAGGAGAAACCAAGUUCCGGAGGAACCAAGUCUGAUUCUGCUUCUGACUCUCAAGACAUAAAGGCACAACAGCCCCCAAAGCAGAAUCCUGCUGUCCCAAUGCAGAAGCUGCAAGAUAUACAGAGGGCAAUGGAACUGCUCUCUGCCUGUCAGGGUCCAGCAAAGAAUAUAGAUGAAGCCACUAAGCACAAAUACCAAUUCUGGGAUACUCAACCAGUUCCAAAGCUAAAUGAAGUUGUUACAACUCAUGGUCCCAUUGAACCAGAUAAAGAGAACAUACGUCAGGAACCUUACUCUCUGCCUCAGGGUUUCAUGUGGGAUACAUUGGACCUGGGCAAUGCAGAAGUGCUAAAAGAAUUGUACACCCUGCUAAAUGAAAAUUAUGUAGAGGAUGAUGAUAACAUGUUCAGAUUUGACUACUCUCCAAAUUUCCUAAAAUGGGCCCUUCGUCCUCCAGGCUGGUUACCACACUGGCAUUGUGGAGUCCGAGUAUCCUCAAACAAGAAAUUAGUAGGGUUUAUUAGUGCUAUUCCUGCCAACAUUCGCAUCUAUGACACUGUGAAGAAGAUGGUAGAAAUAAAUUUUCUCUGUGUGCAUAAAAAGCUACGUUCUAAACGUGUUGCACCAGUGCUGAUUCGGGAGAUAACUCGCAGAGUGAAUCUGGAAGGCAUUUUUCAGGCUGUUUACACUGCUGGGGUGGUGCUACCAAAACCAGUUUCUACUUGCAGGUAUUGGCAUAGAUCUUUGAACCCAAGAAAAUUAGUGGAAGUGAAAUUUUCCCAUUUGAGCAGAAAUAUGACCUUGCAGAGGACAAUGAAGCUGUACAGAUUACCAGAUGCCACUAAAACAAAUGGUAUGCGAGCUAUGGAGAAGAGGGAUGUUAAGCAAGUUAAAGAGCUGCUUGAAAAUUAUCUGAAGCAGUUUCAUUUAGGACCAGUGAUGAAUGAUGAUGAAGUAGCUCACUGGUUCCUUCCUCAAGAAAAUAUUAUUGAUACAUAUGUGGUAGAGAACCCUGGGGGAGUUUUGACUGACUUCACAAGUUUUUACACCCUUCCAUCAACAGUUAUGCAUCAUCCUGUUCACAAGAGUCUGAAAGCUGCCUAUUCUUUCUAUAAUGUGCACACUGAAACCCCUCUCUUGGACCUUAUAAAUGAUGCACUCAUCCUUGCUAAACUGAAAGGUUUUGAUGUCUUUAAUGCACUGGAUUUAAUGGAAAACAAAACAUUUCUUGAAAAGCUGAAAUUUGGUAUAGGCGAUGGAAAUUUGCAGUAUUAUUUGUACAACUGGAAGUGUCCUGCAAUGGAGCCAGAAAAGAUCGGGUUGGUUUUACAGUAGAGACCUGAGGAACUGAAUGCCAUAUUGAGUCAGAGUUACACUUUGUCAAACUCUGGACAUGCUUUACCCUUCAAUCCACUUCAAAAGAAGGAAUGCACAACCUCAACACAAUCAUGUGAACAGAGACCACAACGUCAGUUUCUCUUCUAAGGCUUGUCGAUUUAACACAUGAGAACAUUGCAAGUACAGAUUUGAAGAAAUGAUGUCUCUUUUUAACCAUUUACAUCCUGAAUGUGAACCAUACAGACUGCUUGAGACAGAAUUUCACCAAUAAAUUUUGAUCAUCUGAUAAGAAAAUGAAGUUACUUUCAUUGUCUUAAAGAUAUACACCUGCCUAAAUGGCUCCUAAUCCUAUAAGGGGCUUGGAGGGGUAGAACAAGAUUCAUUGAGAUGCAAUUCAUUUCUUUUUUGCACAAAGAUACAAAAUAAGUAUUUGUAUUGAAGAUAAAUUAUUGCUCCUGUCAUUGUUCAAUUUGAUAUUUAUUAUUUGUUUUUGUGCUGGAAGGUUAAGAAGAUGCCAAAGUGCCCAUAUUGUUUCCACCUGUUAAGUGCAUGACUUUGGAGCAAAGAAAAUAUAUACUGUACAUAGCAGCGGUUCUAGUUUUGCACACCGGGAUAUUUUUGUUUUUUUAUUUUAUUUAAAGAACAAAUGUAACAGCACAUUAUUGAUGCUGCUAAGCCAUACAUUUAUCCAUGUCUGAGCACAGAGUAGUCUAUUCUCCAAAUGCUUGUAUUUCUUGUAUAGGUAUCUGGGAACAGGAGCAGCACUUUUUGUUUACAGAUUGUAUUUGCAAGCUUCUACACAUCUUUUAAAUCUGCAGAAGAAAAAACAAGGUAAAUGACAAUACCAGCCGAUACUGUGAUAGGUGUCACAAAUGCACACACAGUACUGAAAGCUUUUUGAAGUGCAUAAUUUUAUUUUGUAUAUAUGUGAAAGCAUGUCUGCUUAUUGCAGCUAGAGAGCAUUUGUUUAUCAGCUUUGUACUUUCUUUCUUGAAAGGCUUUUAAUGACAGCUUUAUACUUGUGGGAGAGAUUUGUUCCUUUGUGGUAUGAUAUGUUUCUGAUGCUGUGGUCAUAUUCUUCUGGUAAGAAUAUAUAAUUGUUUUCCAUACUUUAGGUGUGAUAAUGUGUCUGGUGCAGUUUUGUGUGAAGCGCUGACAAAAAUGAAGAGUCAUAAAGCAGAUGAGCAGAAUGCCAAGCUUGUUCAAAAAGAUUUCAGCAAAGGCUUUUUUUUUUUGAACAUGCUCAAAAUUUAUACUUGAACAAAUACUUUAACUGGGUUUUGUAAAUGUUUUUGGUGUAACAUUGUGAACGUGAUAAGUUCCUGGAACUAUGUAAGUUACCCAGGUCUAAAGCCAUGUUCCCAAUAAGGCCUGAAAAAGUCAUGUUUUUAUAUUUGUGGGGGCUUCCUUUAGGAUUUUACUCCAUACUUAGACCUUUUUAAAAUCCCUCAUACAUCUGAAAAUCAAGAAGGUGGAUUGACAAGAUUUGUAAAAGAAGCCUUUUGUAAGAGUCAUUUGUUCAUCAUUUUCAAGUAAAAUAUCUAAUAGGCACAAGGAUCAACUGAAUGAGUGACCAUUUUGGACUCCUGAUUUUCAGUCAUUGAUUCAGUUUUAUACUCUAGUUUUAUUUUGUUUGUAGAUGGUAGAAGAGCCUUAAGGACAAACUGAAGAACAAAUGAGAAAAACCAGCACUUUUAACUGGCCAUUAAUUAACUCCCUUCUUGUCUGAAACAAAUUUGAGGUCUACCAGCAUGGAUAUUCAGUCAAAUAAAAUUCUCCCAACUUUGAA